AUGCAGAUGAAGAAAUCAGAUGCAGAAAGGCAGCAUGACGACUACAAUGAAUUUAAGAGCAAUGAAGAUAAAGAUGACAGUCAAUACAAAAAGAAGGAGUGGAAGAAGAAAACACUGAGUGAAGAAGGAAAAAGUAAGGAGUAUAAUGAAUUUGAAAGAUAUGAAGGUGAAGAUGAUGCCCAUAGUAAGAAGAGGAAGAAGAAAAAAUGGAGUACAAAAAGCAAAAGUAAGGAGUACGAAGUCUUUGAAAAGAAUGAAGGUGAAGUUGAAGCUGAUGCCAAAGGUAAGGAGAGGAAGAAGAAAAAACUGAGGGAAGAAGACAAAUGUAAGGAGUAUGAUGAGUUUGAAAACAAUGACCGUGAAGAUGAUGCCCAAGGUAGGAAGACAAAGAAGAAAAAAUUGAGUAAAGAAAGCAAAAGUAAGGAGUAUAAUGUCUUUGAGAGGAAUGAAGGUAAAGAUGAUGUGAAAGAUAAGAAGAAGAACAACAACAACAAACUGAGUGAAGAAGCAAAAAGUAAGGAGUAUAAUGAAUUUGACAGCAAUGAAAUUGAAGACAAUGCGCAAGGUAAGAAGAAAAAAAUGAGUAAAGAAAGCAAAAAUGAGGAGUAUAAGGUCUUUGAAAGGAAUGGAGGUGAAAGCUAUUCCGAAGGUAAGAAGGGGAAGAAGAAAAAAUUGAGUACAGAAAGCAAAAGUAAGGAGUAUGAAGUCUUUGAAAAGAAUGAAGGUGAGGGUGAAGGUGAUGCCAAAGGUAAGGAGAGNAAGAAGAAAAAACUGAGGGAGGAAGGCAAAAGUAAGGAGUGUAAUGAAUUUGAAAACAAUAAUGGUGAAGAUGAUGCCCAAGGCAGGAAGGGGGAAAAGAAAAAGUUGAGUAAAGAAAGCAAAAGUGAGGAGUAUAAUGUCUUUGAAACGAAUGAAGGCGAAGAUGAUGCCAAAGCUCAUUUAGAUUUCUUUGAAGAAAGUGAUGGAGACCUUUGCAAGCAACUUGAUGAAGCCAACAUGGAGAUGAAGAUACUUGAGAUUGAAACUGUAAAAUAA